AUGAGAAGUGAUGAGGAUGGCAGCCGGGGAACUUCACUACUCGAUCAAGGUGAGUGGUUGAGUUUGAGCUUAGGAAGAAACUCACCUUCAACAUCUAAAGAAUCUGAGUCACAGACAAGACCUAGCAAGGUUUUUUCGUGCAACUUCUGCAUGAGGAAGUUCUACAGUUCACAGGCGCUGGGAGGCCACCAGAAUGCUCAUAAGAGGGAAAGAGGAGCUGUGAGACAGUAUCAGUCCCAGAGGAUGAUGACCAUCAUGGCUUUACCUAUCAACAAUCCCAUGUUCAAAUCUCUUGGCAUGGUUCCCCACUCACUUGUGAAUAAAACAGGCAGAGAAAUAAAUACAACUGUGGGAAGGUUCGGCGAGGCUAGUGCAGGAUUUCAAAUGACAUCGCGUCCCAAUCCAGUAGAUGAAGGAUUUGACUUGAAAUGGCCAGGAAGUUUUCGACUAAAUCCAUAUCAAUCAGAAGACCAGGCCUCAAAUACAAAUAAGAUUGAUCUGAAUCUUAAGCUGUAAUAAUUCCACUCAUCUAUUGCAAAUUAUUUACUAUC